AUGCUGCAGGGUGAAUAUGAAGGGAACGUCGAGCUCCGUGAGGACCUUCCAAAAGGCAUCGUACUAAGGUUGGUCGUAGAAGAGGUAUGCUUCGCCAUUCGGCCCGGCAUGUUGAAAAAAACACAGCACAACGCCGUCGAAGCCAAGAUCCUUGACGCACAGGUGAAGCUCCUGGCCAGCCUGAACAGGAUUAUGCAUUUACAGGCAGGCAAAAGCUCCCAAGAGGUCUCGGUGCUCCUUGACUUGCUCUGCGAUCCAGUUGUUCGUCACAGUCGCUGUCUCCGCCUCGGUCUUGUCCGCAAUGCCCUGAGUCCCGGGGACAGUCAAGGAGAUCACUGUACAUCCAAUGCCAUGUUCGUUGGAUGA